AUGGCUACCGGAUCAAAAAAGCAUAUUAUGGUAGAAACAAAAAAUUUGUCAAAAGAUCCUCCUCCCGGCAUUAGUGCAACACCUGAUGAAUCAAACUGCAGAUAUUUCCAUGUAGUGAUGGCAGGCUCUGUUGAAUCACCUUACGAAGGUGAGUUAUUUAAGUUGGAAUUAUUUUUACCGAAGAACUAUCCAAUGUCUCCUACAAAUGUGAGAUUUUUGACAAAAAUCUUUGACCCUAAUAUAGAUAAGUUAGAAAGAAUAUGUUUAGAUAUUUUAAAAGACCAGUGGUCGCCAGCUGUUCCAGUUAGAACAGUUCUCUUAUCUAUUCAAGCAUUACUAAGCAGCCCAAACCCUGAUGAUCCUCUUGCAAAUGAUGUUGUUAAUAUGUGGAAAAAUAAUUUAAUAUCAGUCGUGCCUAUAUGAACAGUUUUCUUAUCUGUUCAAGCAUUGCUAAGCAUCCCAAACCCUGACGAUCCUCUUGCAAAUGAUAUUAAAUUAAUUUACCAUUUUACAGUCCAGUUCCCCAGUUCCAAAUCUGAUAUGAAUCUCCUCCCCUCCUCAUUCCUUCAGCCCUUGUCAGGGCGUGAUGACACUCUAAAUUUUGUUGACAGUCUUCAUUUGGUCUGCUCAUGGUGUUGCAGAUAGUAACUUAUAACUUAAGUAGAAAAGGCCCUAUA